GUAUCGUCGUUGUUGGGAUAAAUCGACCAAAAGCCAAAAAUGCCAUAAGCAAAAAUCUGGUUAAAAUGAUGUCCGAGGCUGUGGAGGACAUCAAGAAAAACAACAAAGUGCGCAGUGUCAUUUUAUGCAGUUUGGCUCCUGGGAUCUUCUGUGCAGGUGCAGACCUGAAGGAGAGGGCCAAGAUGCACCAGAGUGAAGUUGGACCAUUUGUGUCCAAAGCAAGAGCACUUAUCACAGAGCUGGGUAACCUGCCGGUACCAACAAUUGCUGCAAUAGAUGGGGCUGCCUUAGGAGGAGGCUUGGAAAUGGCGCUUGCUUGUGACAUAAGGAUUGCCUCAAAUACAGCGAAGAUGGGACUAGUUGAGACCAAACUUGCGAUUAUUCCUGGAGCAGGUGGUACACAGCGUCUCCCCAGGGUGAUUGGUGUCUCUCUUGCUAAGGAGCUAAUCUUUGCUGCCCGGGUGGUGGACGGAAAAGAGGCGUGUCGUCUGGGCCUCGUCAGUCAUUCUGUGGAGCAGAAUAAGAGUGGAGAUGCUGCCUACCUGCGAGCUGUGGAGCUCGCCCGUGAGAUUAACCCUCAGGGUCCAAUUGCAAUAAGGAUGGCAAACCUGGCAAUCAACCAGGGGAUAGAGGUGGAUUUAUCCACAGGUCUGGCAAUUGAAGAGGCUUGCUACGCCCAGGUGAUCCCAACUAAAGAUCGACUGGAGGGUUUGGCUGCGUUCAAGGAGAAGAGGUGUCCUCAGUAUAAGGGGGAAUGAGGCCACUUCCGGAAAUAGUUCUGCAUUCAGCUCUCCUACUGUUCCACUGCUUCCAACAUAUUUAUGGGUCAGACUGUACCCGUCAACACAUUAACCUGUACAGUAACCAGCGGACAUUUCUCUGACUGCAGGACAUUAGGGGUUGUCCUGAUGGGUGUUUUUGCCAGUCACUUAAAAGUCAGUGUAAAGCACUUGCUGGUUCUGUCAACUAACACUUUAGGAUUUGGAAAAACCGAGCAAACCAACCGAGCAUUGACUCCCGCUUCAAACUGCAAAUUAAAACAUGAAUUACUUGGUUGGUUAUUGAUGUUAGCAGUAUGAUUGGCAGUAAGUCACUAACAGCAACCCCCCUGUGUAGUGAACCAGUCAGAGUGCCAUUAAAAAGCACUAAAUAACCAGAGGUGUCUGCAUGAAAUCAUAAGAGAUUUUCCCUCACUUAAAUCAUGUCCACUGUGUGUAGGAUGUAAGAAUCUGGUGGUACCACUCCUGUGGUAGUUACAGUAAAAGACACUGUGACCCAGGAUGAAUUGUUUGAAGCAGCGCAGUCUAAAUCCAGUAUUAACACAAUUGUUUCAUUUUUCUACAAAUUAAACCUUUUGCCAUCGGAAACUCUAGAUUUAGCCAAUCACUACAAACCUUCUCUUCUUCAACAGUGAGUACGUUUUGUUAACAUGUUGGUUAAUGCAACAUCCUUAACGAUGGGGCUCACAUGACUUUAAAGAACACUGCAAACAAAAACUUUAAUCAGAAUAAUUUUAAUAGUAAUUACAUAAACUCUCUACAUGUGGUGGCUUUAAAUAAAAUAAAAGCUCAUUCUCAUCCUGCCUAGCUAGUUUACACCAGAUCAGUGGUGCUCAUAAGGAUGCAAACACUUGAGGUGCAACAGGAGGCCAUUUAUUAGCUGGAAAACAUCCUGGUGCCCACCGCUACUCUAAGUAGAAAAACAAAUGUGUAUUAAAUCAUAUUGACAUAAUGCAAAAAUAUAUGAUUUUGAGCAUGAAAGUUUGUUCUCAAUUUUGGAAAAAAUAGAACAGAAAACUCAAGGUCCACUUACUGGCUUUUUCAAGAGCUUUAAACCACAGCUCAGUCUUAAACUGUGGAUGGUGCUGAUAUAGAUCAUGACAUUGGGUUGAAAGCCCUGAAAAAAGAUUGUAAGUGGAUCUUGAGUUAUAUUUUCUUCCCCAUCUUUUCUACAGAGACUCCAACAUACUUUUUUUAUCUUUUAUGCACAAGAUUAGGUAACUUUUAUGAAAUUCUUUUUUGACACAUUUGCUGAAACUUUCACUAUAUCCUGACAGUAAUACAUCAGACUUCUACUGGGCCUGAACGACAACAACCAAUCAGAGCCAAGAAAAGAUAUAAAGACAAUUUGGGUUGGUUACUUGAAGAUACUUUAUUGUUGAGUCAACAACAAUGAACUAUUUUGGCUCUGAUUGGUUGCUUUCAUUCAGACCUGAUGGAUUCUUGCAAAUGCCAUUAGGAGCGCUAGGUGGUCUUCUAGUCUUCAUUGAUUUAGGUAUCCAAAUGUUUUUGUAAACAAAGCCUCAAAUUUCUUUUCUGAAACCGUGGAUGAAUGAAUCAGUGGAGAUGUGCUGUUAUUUUAGUAAGUGAAGUCAGAUUGGAACAUGAAACCAUAUCACACGGUUGUAAAUAAAACUUCUGUAACAGAAA